AUGUCUGAUUCUGUUACUGUUCUUAAGAACAAGCCCUCGACGAGGGAAAUUGAAAGAAUCUUGACGAACCGUAUCGAUCUGGCGCCAACUUUCCAACUCUCUUUUGUAACUGCGCUUCUUGAUUAUACUGUCCCAGAAGCAUACCUCCAAUUGCCCUUGAAUAUUCAGAUCCUUGUAGUUCAGAGCUUAAGAACUGUGAUAGGGAUAGGAAAUAUAGUAAGUAGGCUACAAAAGCGACAGUCACAAAAGAGCAAUAAUCCAAUAGCGAAUGGUUCUCAACUAGCAGACCUUUACUUGCUUGUUCUCAAAUCAGUCUUGUUCGAUGGAGGUGAUGACCUUAUACUUGAUCUUAUUACCCAGUCCAAGCCAAUUGAGAUAAAAGAGUUGGAUAAGCUUGUCUUCAAAGGAAAAUGCUACUCUACAGUCAAUGAACUAUACAUAGAUGGCUUGGGUUCUGAAGUCACUGAGUCGUUCACCUUUGAUAAGUAUACAGGAUUUCUUUGUCAGCAGAUCUUAGCUGUAUUAGAAGAUGGGACAUAUCUAAAGCAGUGCAGCUUAUUUAUUAAUUCAUUAUUUUCCUUUCAUGGGUCGAGGGCGAAUGGUCCCUUCUAUACCUUAAUGUUUUCUAGUGAAAAUUGGUCUUAUUUCUUGGAAGUGUACAAAACUAUGAAGCCCUUCGAGAAAAGGGCCCAGGUCAAGAGGUUAGUUCUUGGUUACCUACAAGAGACUUUUCUCAGAAAGACUAAUGCCAAAAGUAAGCUUCUAUCGCUCUAUUCAAUAUUACACUCUUUGAACUGCUCCGACUUUAUUGAUGACCAAUUCUUGGAGUUGGUAAUUCCAAUAAAUUCGCCGCCUUUGAAUUGCCUCGUAUCAUUGAUAGCCAAUGAAAAGGGUAGUCAUGGCUUCAACUUAUUAGUAAGAUAUCUUAUGGGCUCUUUUGCCGAUAUCUCAAUAAUAAAACUGGAGCCUAUAACAUUGCAGGCUUCCAGAACCUCUUUGCUUAUCAGCUUUAUCCAAAAGCUCGACAGAAUCCUGGUGGCCGACCUUCUGAAGAGCAUAGAAUUCCUAGAUGCAAUCUCAAAUAGACUUGGCUCCUUUUCGAAUAAUGUCAAAUCGUUAGGUGUGGUCUUGGCUGACAAAGUUUGUGAGCUUAGUGGCCAGGAAAAGAUUUUCAAGCUAAAUGAUUUAGAGGGGUACGAAAAUUUGGGAGAAGAAUUCAAAAUAGAUCUUAGUGAGUUGAGAACAAAGAUUGAUAUCUCAGAAGCUUGGAAGCUUUUAAUAGUACAAGAAGACGAAGAUGGAGAAGAAGAAUCGAAUGAGAAAGCCAUAGCGAGUCUAAGUAAAAACAUCAAUCAACUCACUGCAAAUCUGAUCGAUUCUGAUGAUGAAUCUUCUUCAGAUGAUGAUGACCCCACUAUUUCUCAUAAGAAGAGAAUAGCGGCCCCCUUAUACGUAAAGGAUUUACUUACCUACAUUUCAGUUGAUCCAGUAAAGGAUGACCUCGCUCUUGAAAAGAGAAGAUUGGCAUUGAAAUCUGCUCCCGUACUAUUAAGACAAAAAGCUUCUUUUGGUACCGAAAUUUCAUUUUACGCGGACGACUUGGCUGAAAACUUCAUUGCAAUGACGAAUCAUUUUGAUGAGGAGGAUUUUGAUUCCUUAAUACUUAAUGCGAUGAUAUCAGUCAUUGUUGCUUGUCCAAAAGCUACUAUCCACUUGGCUCACCUCCUUUCAACUGGCGACUAUUCUUUGCGGCAAAGAAUGACAAUUUUGAGUAGCAUUUCACUUGCCGCAAGAGAGUUGAAGGGGUUUAAAGAUGAUGUUGUAGCAAACUCUUACCAGAAUAAACUCCAGGCAUUCCCUUCAAAACAGCUUCCAGAGAGACUUCAUAAAGCAUUUGUGCCAUUAAGUUCAGCUGACCCAUCAACCUCAGCAGUAGAAUUGGUCGAAAAAUCAAUCCAGGAUGACUUGAUUGAGCGAGUAUCGAAUGACUUUCAGGAGCUAUCAGCAGGUAAAAUACUUAGGAUUUCGAAGAAGUUAAAGAAAGACAAGAAUAACCUUUCUCCAUCACCAUUGGUUCCAAAUUUUUCAAAGAUAAUUGGACCCCAAUUCUUCUACCCACUUGCAAACGUUUGGCAUGCUUCCACAGCUGGUUCUCAAACAAUUCUUAGUAUUGGUCAUUAUUCUUCCAUAUUAAGUGCCCAUUUCAUUAAGACAUUAACCUUACUUAUGCAUUGCGCAUAUCCUAAUUCCACUCAGUUAAACGACAUGAUUCGUGAGCUUUUUCUGAUACUUACCCCAUUGACGAUGCAUAUUAAUCCAGAACAUAUUCAACUUACUGAAAGCAUCGUAACUGGGUAUUUAUUGAUAUUUGAUAUAGUUGAUACCCAAUACCUUGUAACGACUUACCAAGAUGACCUAAGCAUAAUACAAGGGUGGCUAACUGAGUCAUGGGAGUCUAUUAUAGAUGAAAGAAUUAAAAGCUUAACUGCUGGUUUGCUACUCCGCUUAAAUCAAAUCUUAGAAAGUAAUGAACGCCUCAUUCUAGAUCAAGUCAAUAGCUUGUAUUAG